UCAGGCCACUACUAUUUCUCGCUAUUUCCCUUUUGCUCUAACUUUUUGAAAAAGCUCGUACAUAAUCUUGCCUGGCGCCCCAAAGGAUCGGUCAGAACCGUCCUGAGCUCUUUGAAAUCUGAUCCCAGACAGAGCAGAGCACACUGAGCUCAGACCACUGUCAGGCAGAUUAGAUACAAACACAGAAAUCCUAAAACAAAUAUACAAAAUCUUACAUAUUCUAGUUCAAUAUGUCCCAGCCUCGGUACCUCUGUGCAGACCACAGCAACGUUAAAACAAAAAAGGACUUGAACCCUGGUCUCCAGAGUUGGUAAUCAAUAGCUGUUCACACACUGAGCUGUGUUCAUAGAAAUUAUGAGACGAGGGGGAGGCAAAACGCACCAGCAAAACAUCCAACAGGACGUGAUCGGAGGUUGUAUCUGACUACAUUCCUUCCUUCCCACGUCUCCCCAAAUUGUAGGAAUCCAUACUUUUCAAUAUUUUUUAAACAUCAAACAUGUUUUCGGUCAAAGGCAUGUGGCUUUCGUGGACAACCGGUACAAAUUCUAAACCUAUGGAUGUGGGUAAAGUCAUAUCUUCAGCAACCCCGAAUGGGCCCCAAACAAAUGUGCUGCUCAAAUCUCCCUCCAAGGUUUUCUGAAAACCUGGCAGCCCUGCUUGUGGGUGACGUGUCCAGGCAGUAUUUUGCCAAAAACUUGGAACAAAAGAACACUUCAGUAUUAAGUUUAGAAGCAUGUUAUCAUAGCUUCAACUUGUUAGUGGUUUAUUUGAAGUAACCCCUGCUUGGGCCUCAAUUUAACUGGAUGUCCUCAAAAUAAAGAUUGUAGGAUUGUCCUUUUGGUAACAUAAUUGGAAGGAUUUGGGGUCAGUCAGUGCACAAUUCUAUUGCCCAUAAUCACCAGCUGCACAAAUUGCUUGCGUGCAGUUGAUAAUAUUGCUUGCAUACAGUUCUGCCAACUAGGCCUGCUGCCCUAUACGCCCCUUACAUACUUUAUGGAUCCCUUCAUACUAAGAUGUAUUGAUGUGCAUCAUGAAAAGUUUGAAAAUGUGCUUACAAUCACGUUCAACUGACAAUCUUUUAGGCUGCAGAAGAGCCGAGGUGAUUCCGAUUCAAGUUGACGAUCGAGCCAUCUAUUUGUCACUUGAUGUUGCGCCAUGUUAUAGUUUGAUGGAAGAAACGUUUGUGCAAUGGGAGAUCCUUUCAUGGAAAAAGUUUAUAUUUAUUUGCUACAUCAGGCAGAAACUGAUGUAAAUCUUUAUGUUGGCACCGCUCCAGACUGGACAUGAUGGCUGGUUUCCGGGAUUUACUGAUGCUUUGUGAUGAUUUGGUUAAGCCUUUAAUCCCUCUUUAUCAGAAAUAUUCCCUCGUCUCUCCCCGAACAUUUCCCGAGAGAGAGCAACCUUCUCUUCUCGUCGGAAUCAACUAUUUAUCUGGAACAAAACAUCAACCUAUAUUCUACCUGAACACAGUGCAGCGAUGGUUUGCUGUCAUUUUUUCUACCAGCCCUGAACAUAGUAUUUUCGUUAAAAAAAAAAAAAAAACAUUCGGCAUAAACGCGAUGUUGUGUGCAGCGGUUAAGCUACUGCCCCUGCUUUUCAUCUCCAUCUUGGGCUCCACGUCGUGUCCUGAUCGCUGCCGCUGCUUCCACUCCUCUGAUCUGGUUGACUGCCAGUCAAGAGAGCUGACCCGCAUCGCCCAGGAUGUCCCAGAGGGGACGUGGCUGCUGGACUUCAGCAGAAACCGGCUGACGGAGGUACAGAGCAACGCUUUCAUCGGACUGUGGUCACUCAGAAUCCUCCUGCUGUCCAACAACAGCAUCGAAACAUUGGAACCCCAGUCUCUAUCAUCCCUGCAAUUUCUGGAGAUCCUGGACCUGAGUUUCAACCGACUGCAACAGCUCCCCGGGGACUUCUCCCAGAGCCUGGGCUCCCUCUUGGAGCUGCGUCUGCGCCACAACCUCCUGACGCACCUGUCCCCCCCAGCCAUGGACAAGCUCGAGAACCUCAGGAAGCUGGACCUCAGCCACAACGCCCUCCAGACCAUGGAUGCCGGGCUGUUGAACGCCCUGGGCCACCUCCGGUACCUCAACCUGGAGGGGAACAAGCUGGACGCCCUGGAGGACCACCUGCUCACCCGGCAGCAGAGGCUGGAGGUGCUGCACCUCGGCCACAACAACAUCUCCCUGAUCGAGAGCGAGGCGCUGGCCCCGCUGCGCAGCCUCAACCUACUGGGGCUGAGGGGCAACCGGCUGGAGCACGUCCACUUCCGAGUGUUCCUGGGGCUGCGCGCCUCCUCCACCACCUACCUCCAGCUGGCCCUCAACCCCUGGACGUGCGACUGCGAGUUGCACCGCGUCUUCAGCAAGAUCCAGCACGUACGCUAUCUGAAGGUGGAGGACUACAAGGAGAUCGUGUGUGAGGGCCCGGGCCCGUUGGCAGGGGCCUCCCUGGCCCUCAUGGACAGCCAGCUGUGCGUGGCCGAGACGUCCGCGGUCCUGGUCAUCACCAUCACCGUGGUGAUGGGUGUCAUCUGCGCCCUGGUCAAGGCCAAGCGCAACAGCAGUAGCAAGCAGUCUGUGAGUGAGAGUGAUGCACAAGCACUGGAGAAGUGAAGUGCGUCUUGGAGGAGGUGGAAAGGGACUGCAGAGAGGGGGACUGAUUGUCAGGGGGUCAGAUGAUGGGAUUUAUUCACCUAGCAACCAUCUGGGUUCUAAGCGGUAACUGAAUGUGGAAUUAUGCGUUCAGUUCCCCUACCCAGCGAGUGUUUAGAACCCGCAAGGUGAUUAGGGUCCAUGGUGUGGCUGGGAUUUGAUUUUUGGGGGAUCUGAGCUCGGUUAUUGAGAAAAUGUUUUCAUAAUUAAGCAUUUGUUGCAUAUGAAAAAUUUCCAUUAAUAUAACAUUAAUCUCUUUCUCCUUUAACCAAAUAAUCCAUGUUAUGUUAUGACUUUUGUGUUGUAUUUGAGCAGGGCUUCUGAACCGUGUUGUCAUCUUACAUUUGUUCCAUACUUCCACAGACUAUUAGUGGUCAACUCACCUAAUUUUUCAAUCCUAUUGCAUUUCCAUACCGUUUAAUUUUAACUGACCCGUUUAUUUUCCUUCUAGAGAUUUUCGCCUUACCGUACAUGAUACAGUACAUUAUUGUAGCCGAGCAGCUGCUAGAAAAAGUUUCAUGAUAUUUUAAAAAGAAAAUGCAACCACAUAUUACAAAAGCUGGGCAAGUUUAUUAAAUUGAAUGAAAGAUACAUUCAUGAGAAACAUGUUUACAAUGACAUUUACAAAAGCAACACAAUACAGUUCAAUGCUAUAUGGUUUUGUACUGCAGCCUUCCUCUUUCAUAGAAAAUUCCCCACAUGGAUUUAAACCUUUCCCUCUGUGGUCCCAAUCCAACACCAUAACAGUAAGUUAUCAUAACAUCGUUAAAGCUCAUUUCAUCAGGACUCAGAGUACGACCGUAAAAAAAGACCUACUGUAAACGUGACUUUAUAACUUAUAAAAUUCAAAUAAAUAA